AUGGAGAAGGUUCAACGACUAGACGGAGGUGGGUCUGAAUGUGGUAUCAUUGUCGAAUUCCGACCUGCUAGUCAGAUGCUCAUCACUGACGACAGCAAUGCCCCCACAGGCGGAUGGUCCAGUGUCAACCUGGUGGAUGCCACCUUGUACAUUGAUUACAUCUUCCUGGAUUCUGAAGAGCGUCGUCUCUUCUCCCGCAACCCUCACGAGUACUUGAUUGAGCAACUCCAGUUCACUGGAGCCGAGUCUUUCAACAACUCUGCCAUCCGUCAGACCCUUAACUUUUCCCACCCAUGCAAGGAGCUCAUCUGGGUGCUGCAGCUCAACAGCGCCGCCACUGCCAACAACUGGAUUGACUGGUCUGAUGGUUCGGGUCAUGGUCCAGUGGACGGUCCCAAUGGUUCAGCCAAGAUUCAGCUUAACACCUCUGACCGUAUUUCCCAGCGUGGCGGCCAGUACUUCAACCAGUUGCAGCCCUACUGGCACCACACUCGUUGCCCCAAGGUCGGCAUCUACGUGUACUCCUUUGCACUCAACCCCGAGGAACACCAGCCUUCCGGAAGUAUCAACAUGUCCCGUAUUGAAUCGACCACUCUGGUUUUGAAUGUCACCACCGGCACCUCGCCAUUGAUGGUGUACACAUAUGCCCGUAAUUAUAACAUUUUGCGCAUAGCAAGUGGAAUGGGCGGUUUGGCCUACGCGAGUUGA